CGGCUCAGUCUCAGUGAAGCGUCUGCAGCCGACGUUUGAGUCGUCGCUAUCGCUGCCUCGUCGAGGAUCAGGAGCCAACGUCUGCCCGCCCACCGCACGGGUGCCGUUGGGAGGAAGCGAGAGGGGAGCUGCCUACGGGUUUGUCGCCAUUGCUCGCCACCCGCCCGGGAGAGCCGAGCCCCAGUCCAGUCGGUCGCCUGCUACCCCUUGUAGCCGUUACCCGCGGGCCGCCACAGUCGCCGGCCGGGAGAGGCGCGCGCCAUGGCCUCCGGAGCUGAUUCAAAAGGUGAUGACUUAUCAACAGCCAUUCUUAAACAGAAGAAUCGUCCCAAUCGGUUAAUUGUUGAUGAAGCCAUCAAUGAGGACAACAGUGUGGUGUCCUUGUCCCAGCCCAAGAUGGAUGAACUGCAGUUGUUCCGAGGUGAUACAGUGUUGCUGAAAGGAAAGAAGAGGCGGGAAGCUGUGUGCAUUGUGCUUUCUGAUGACACAUGUUCUGAUGAGAAGAUUCGAAUGAAUAGAGUUGUUCGGAAUAACCUUCGCGUACGCCUAGGGGAUGUCAUCAGCAUCCAGCCAUGUCCUGAUGUGAAAUACGGCAAACGCAUCCACGUGCUACCCAUCGAUGACACGGUGGAAGGUAUCACUGGCAACCUCUUUGAGGUAUACCUUAAGCCGUACUUCCUGGAAGCUUAUCGACCCAUCCGGAAAGGAGACAUUUUUCUUGUCCGGGGUGGAAUGCGUGCUGUGGAGUUCAAAGUGGUGGAGACAGAUCCCAGUCCUUACUGCAUUGUUGCUCCAGACACAGUGAUCCACUGUGAAGGGGAGCCUAUCAAACGAGAGGAUGAGGAAGAGUCCUUGAAUGAAGUAGGCUAUGAUGACAUUGGUGGCUGCAGGAAACAGCUAGCUCAGAUAAAGGAGAUGGUGGAGCUGCCCCUGAGACAUCCUGCCCUAUUUAAGGCAAUUGGUGUGAAGCCUCCUCGGGGAAUCCUGCUCUAUGGACCUCCUGGGACUGGGAAGACCCUGAUUGCUCGAGCUGUGGCAAACGAGACUGGGGCCUUCUUCUUUUUGAUCAAUGGUCCUGAGAUCAUGAGCAAGUUGGCUGGUGAGUCUGAGAGCAACCUUCGUAAAGCCUUUGAGGAGGCUGAGAAGAAUGCUCCUGCUAUCAUCUUUAUUGAUGAGCUGGAUGCCAUUGCUCCCAAAAGAGAAAAAACCCAUGGGGAGGUGGAACGGCGUAUUGUAUCACAGUUGUUGACCCUUAUGGAUGGCCUAAAGCAGAGAGCACAUGUGAUUGUCAUGGCAGCAACCAACAGACCCAACAGCAUUGACCCAGCCCUACGGCGAUUUGGUCGCUUUGACAGGGAGGUAGAUAUUGGAAUCCCUGAUGCUACAGGACGCUUGGAAAUUCUUCAGAUCCAUACCAAGAACAUGAAGCUGGCAGAUGAUGUGGACCUGGAACAGGUAGCCAAUGAGACUCAUGGGCAUGUGGGUGCUGACCUAGCAGCCUUGUGCUCGGAGGCUGCUCUGCAAGCCAUCCGAAAGAAGAUGGACCUCAUUGACCUAGAGGAUGAAACCAUUGAUGCUGAAGUCAUGAACUCCCUGGCAGUUACUAUGGAUGACUUCCGGUGGGCCCUGAGCCAGAGCAACCCAUCAGCAUUGCGGGAAACUGUGGUGGAGGUGCCACAGGUAACCUGGGAGGACAUUGGGGGCCUGGAGGAUGUCAAACGUGAGCUUCAGGAACUGGUUCAGUAUCCUGUGGAGCACCCAGACAAAUUCCUCAAGUUUGGCAUGACACCCUCUAAGGGAGUACUGUUCUAUGGACCUCCUGGCUGUGGGAAAACCUUGCUGGCUAAAGCCAUUGCUAAUGAAUGCCAGGCUAACUUCAUCUCCAUCAAGGGUCCUGAGCUGCUCACCAUGUGGUUUGGGGAGUCUGAGGCCAAUGUCAGAGAAAUCUUUGACAAGGCCCGCCAAGCUGCCCCUUGUGUACUGUUUUUUGAUGAGCUGGAUUCAAUUGCCAAGGCCCGUGGUGGUAACAUUGGAGAUGGUGGCGGGGCUGCUGACCGAGUUAUCAACCAGAUCCUGACAGAAAUGGAUGGCAUGUCCACAAAAAAGAAUGUUUUUAUCAUUGGCGCCACCAACCGACCUGACAUCAUUGAUCCUGCCAUCCUGCGACCUGGUCGCCUUGAUCAGCUCAUCUAUAUCCCACUUCCUGAUGAGAAGUCCCGUGUUGCCAUCCUCAAGGCCAACCUACGCAAGUCCCCAGUGGCCAAGGAUGUGGAUUUGGAGUUCUUGGCUAAGAUGACUAAUGGCUUCUCUGGAGCUGACCUGACAGAGAUUUGCCAACGUGCCUGUAAACUGGCCAUUCGUGAAUCCAUCGAGAGUGAGAUUAGACGAGACCGAGAGAGGCAGACCAACCCAUCAGCCAUGGAGGUAGAAGAAGAUGAUCCAGUGCCCGAGAUCCGCCGAGAUCACUUUGAGGAAGCCAUGCGCUUUGCCCGACGUUCUGUCAGUGACAAUGACAUUCGAAAAUACGAAAUGUUUGCUCAGACACUUCAGCAGAGUCGGGGCUUUGGCAGUUUCAGAUUCCCUUCAGGAAACCAGGGUGGAGCUGGCCCCAGUCAGGGCAGUGGAGGCGGCACAGGUGGCAGUGUAUACACAGAAGACAAUGAUGAUGACCUGUAUGGCUAAGUGGUGGUGGCCAGUGUGCUUCGAGCUGGCCUGGCUGGACCUUGUUCCCUGAGGGCGGGGGCGCUUGCCCAGGAGGGACCAGGGGUGCGCCCACGGCCUGCUCCAUUCCUCAGUCUGAACAGUUCAGCUACAGUCAGACUGGACGGGGUUUCUGUUGCAAAAAAAAUACAAAACAAAAGCGAUAAAAUAAAAGCGAUUUUCAUUUGGGAGGCGGAGAGUGAAUUACCAACAGGGAAUUGGGCCUUGGGCCUAUGUCAUUUCUGUUCUAGUUUGGGGCAGUGCAGGGGUCCUGUGUGGGUGUGAACCAAGGCACUACCGCUAUUCCCCACCGUAAAGCAUCUGCACUCAGUGCUUCUGGAGCCCUCCCUUCUUCCCCCUACCCAACCUGGGCUGGAGGGUGAAGGGCUACAGUUGCUGGGUGUUUCUAUAGAGAGUAGGUUGAUUUUAUUUUACAUGCUUUUGAGUUAAUGUUGGAAAACUAAUCACAAGCAGUUUCUAAACCAAAAAAUGACAUGUUGUAAAAGGACAAUAAACGUUGGAUCAAAAUGGAGCCUGA